AUGCAUGCCGCCGGCAACAGGCCUCACGCCGCUCUUCUGGCGAGCCCCGGGAUGGGCCACCUCAUCCCGGUCCUGGAGCUCGGGAAACGCCUCGUCACCCACCACGACAUCCACGUCACCAUCUUCGUCGUCGCCACCGACGCCGCCACCACCGACUCCCUCCUCAAAUCCUGCCCCGCAACCAUCACCAACCUCUCCAUCGUCCCCCUCCCGGCCGUCGACGUCUCCGGCCACGUCGAGCCCUCCGACCACAUCGUCACCAAGCUCCUCGCCAUGAUGCGCCACUCCAUCCCCAACCUCCGCUCCGCAAUCUCCGCCAUGCCCACCCCGCCCACCGCCCUCGUCGUUGACAUCUUCGGCACGGGCGUCUUCCCCCUCGCCGACGAGCUCGGCAUGCUCAAGUACGCAUUCGACACCACCACCGCCUGGUUCCUCGCCACCGCCGUCUACGGCUCCUCCGCCGAGGACGCGGUGGCGCGCCACAUCGGCUCGAAAACCCCGCUCGAGGUCCCCGGGUGCAGACCGGUCCGGUUCGACGACACGCUCGACUCGUACCACGCGAUCGGGGACCGUGUCUACCGCGACUUCCAGCGCGUCGGGGCCGAGUUCACGACGGCUGACGGCAUCCUGGUGAACACGUGGGAAGAGAUGGAGGGGAAGACCCUCGACGCGCUCCGGGACCGGAAGGCCAUGAAAGACCUGGUCAGGGCCCCGGUCUACCCGGUCGGACCGCUGGUCCGACCGUCGCCUCCGCUCGAGACCACCGAGCCAAACGACGCCGUGCUGUGGCUCGACCAGCAGCCCGACCGGUCCGUCAUCUACGUGUCGUUCGGGAGCGGCGGGACCCUCCCGCUUGCCCAGCUAGUCGAGCUGGCGUGGGGGCUUGAGCUCAGCGGGCAGCGAUUCGUGUGGGUGGUCCGCCCUCCUCCAGUUGAGGACGACGACGUUUCCGCCACUUUCUUCUCCCUGGGAAACGGAUCCCAGGGAGGGCCCCACCACGGGUAUCUCCCAGAGGGGUUCCUGUCCCGUACGCGGGACAGGGGACUCGUGGUACCCAUGUGGGCACCACAGGCGGAGAUCCUGGCUCAUCCCGCGGUGAGCGGGUUCUUGUCGCACUGCGGGUGGAACUCGACGCUGGAGAGCAUCACGAACGGGGUGCCGAUGGUGGCGUGGCCGCUCUACGCCGAGCAGAAGCUGAACGCCGCCCUGCUGACGGAUGAGCUCCAGGUGGCGGUGCGGCCGGAGAGCGACAGCGCCGGCAGCAUGGUGAGGAGGGAGGAGAUCGAGAAGUUGGUGAGGAGGGUGAUGGUGGCGGAGGAGGAAGAAGAAAGGGUGGCGGGGUUGAAGGAGAGCGGCGAGAGGGCGUUGAGCCGGAAGUUGAAGGGCUCGUCGUACAGCGCGCUGGCGCAGGUGGCUAGGGAACUCGAGUUGAACCACCAGCGGGUCGUCGCUAAAGCUCAAGGCGGCGGAAGGUGGGGCCCAGAGAAUCUGCGCGACACGUACCGACGUGCAAGAAUGUGGGAGUGCUUGCCUUUAUCUUUUUUCUGGUCGAACCUUGUCUUUUCCCUAAGAGGGAGAGAAAAGAAUAUAUGA